GCUACUAAGCAUUCGGCUAUUAUUAAAUUAAAUUUCAAAACAAUUGUCAAAUGUUUUAUUACGCAAAGCAAUAUUUCAACAAUAUUUCAUUUCGGAGUUCAGAGAAGGGUAGGAGCUAGAAGAUCACUCCUAGCGAAGGUAGAGGCCAAUUUGACCCUAUCCCGAGCUUAAUUAACGUGCGCCCGAAGCGAAUAUUAAAUGUUUGCAAAUAAACUUAUUUGUCCGACUGUACGGGCACAGUGUGAAUGGACCGCAAAUCCACAUUAAUUCCGGCCUCGAGACCUUUGUUUCCGCUCCAGGUAGCUUUAAUACAACCGUAGCGGAUAUGGGUGCAGAUUCAUUAUAUUUAUAAUAGGUACAAAAAUAUUAAGUAAUUAAUUUUAGGUGGUAAGAGAACUCACUUAAAUUUUCGUAGAGAGUUUUUCGCUUUCAAAAGUACCAACAAGAAAAGUUCCAAGACUCUUAGCAAUAAAACCCGCUGAUAGUUUCGUUUUAAUGGCCACUCACGGCUCUAGACGUUCUCCUUCAAAAUGGAUCAAGGUCCAAAGCAUAAAAUUAAAAAUAUGUUUUCCAUUGUCCAGCACACAGCCGCGACAGUGCACAUGUAUAAUAUCUCCCGAUCGCCUCUUGCGCAUGCGCGAGACAUCGCGACAUGAUUUAAAUUUAGCCGAGUCGCCGGAAUUUGCUGGCCUAUUUCGAUUCCGCCGCAAACGGCAAAUUUUAACUGACUUCAAAGUUCCCUUAUCGUUAUUUAUUGCCAAAUUAUCUUUAAAAGUGGAUAAUUUAUAUGGUAGUGCAGUAUUAGACCGCUGUGAUGUGUAAAGAGAGGACGCUUAAGUGUUGCGUGCCGACUAGGUUAUAAUCAGCUGAGAGAGAUGCGUCUAGCUUUUGUGUUAAGUGUUUUGGUGUGGUUACUAGUGCAAGGUUUGUAAGCGAUGAUUCCAUAACAUGUGUCCGGAUCCGGGACCUGCGGGUGCCGGCGCACGUGGCCGAGGGCUCGGAGGUGGUGCUGGGCUGCAUAUUCGACAUGCAGGGCCAUCGGCUCUUCUCCGUCAAGUGGCUGAGGAACGGAGAGGUCUUCUACCACUACAGGCCCGGCAGCGGCAGCUACAACGUGCCAGACAUUAGGGCCUUCUCAGAUCAAGGAGUAUCCGUUGAUGUGUCGCGAUCGAGCAUGGAAACAGUGACGCUACUGUUCAUGGGGCGCGAGUCGGCGGGCGAGUACCGCUGCGACGUCACAGGCGAGGGACCGCUCUUCAGGAAGGAUUCCGCCAAAAAAAACAUUACGGUCGACCUGAUACCUGAAAAAGAGCCGGAAGUGACGGGUCUCCAGGAUUACUACGACGUGGGUUCACCUGUACUGCUGAAUUGUACUUCCACGGGCGCGAGGCCCGCGAGUCGGGUUCAGUGGUUUGUGAACAACAUGCAAGCGCCGAAGUACCACGUGCGUGGACCGUGGUACCGGCGCUCGCUGCACCGACUGGACGCGUACGACACCACGGUCGAGCUCUCUUUCGGAGUGCGGGAGUCGCAUUUCUUAAAUGGAAUCAUGAAAUUAAAGUGUGAGGCAACAUUGGCGCCAUUAUAUCGCAAAGAGGUGGAGUUGAAAUAUCAGAGAUUCCCACGGACCAGGGGAAGCAUACUUAUGGCGACCACAACGAAGUACCUAGAGAAAACGACUGAGGAACCCUGUACUGACACCAUAACUGUGGAAUUGGACGAGCCCCCACCGCAUUUGGAGCCUUGGUCGAUUGAAGCAAAACCAGAUGGCGCCACGUUGUCGGGAUUUUCCGUCAAACUGUUAUACGUCUGCAUUUUAUUAAGAGUAUUACUUUAAAUGUUUUUUAAAAUAUUAGAAAGUAUGGCUUUAACUGUACAAGUGAACGGACAUCCAUACUAGCUUGUGUGCUAAGUUGAAACAACAAUAGGUAUGUACUUAUUUCUAGGUAGAUGUAUAUAUGUAUGUACAUGGAAAAUUAAAAAUAUAAAUUUUGCUAGUCAAAUCAAGUGAAUAUAGUUUUUUUUCUGAAUGCAUUUCGUUUUAAAUUAUCUAUAUAACUUAUGCCGUACUAAUAUAAUAAAGAUGUAAGUUUUAAUUGACUAAAGCAAAAUUAUACACAAUAUAUUCAUUCUGAUUGCGAUAUAUGCAUAAAAUAAGUAUUCAUUUAUGUGUUAUUGCCAGACAUAAAAGUUUUUGUGGCAAAAACGAGUGUUUGCAAAAAUUUAACAUCGAUAAAUCUGUUAUCGAUAAGUCAGUCAUAGAUUAAUGAUUAAGAGAUGUAAAUUCUUGCUGUUAACUACCGAUAAAUCUCAAGAAUGAAAAUGUAUAUUACAAAUCUUUACAUAAUUGCUUUGUUACAUUUCUUUUGUACUUAAAAAUUUAAACAUAAACCGUAGUAUACAGUUCUAAAAGAAUAGAAAACGACUAACUAACUAUAUAGGUAACGUUAGGUUAAGGUAACAUCGAUAACAGACAUGUCGAUAUUUCAUUUGUCAAACACUUUAUUUUGCCACAAAAACUUCUAUGUCUGAUUAUUGCAUUGCCUACAUAAGGCACCUACAUUCGCAUUUUGAUACGGGACUAAAAUAAUUAUUCGAUUCGAUUCGAUUCGAUUUAUGUCAUUAUUUUUUCUUUCUAUUCGAUCUGUUGACAUCGUAUUUUAUGAGCACAUUAUAGCAAUUUUGACCAAAAAGCAUUUUUAAAUUUUUUAAAGUGGUGCGGGAAAUGCCAAUCCAUAUUGCAUUUUACACCGCAGUUUAACAAAAAGCCUAACAAUAACAAGUGAGCGAGUGAAAUUGCGGUGUAUACGGCGUCAGUAGGUACAGUGGCGAUGCCGGCCCCAGAACGAUAUGCUAUUGACUUUGUCAUCUAUUUUUCGAGUCUCUUUGUCCUCGUGGAAUGAAGUCGCAAAAUGAUCUAGAUGCAUGUACCAAACAUUAAAAAUAAUAGUCUUUCUAACAUUCGAUCUCACAACUUUUUGAUUUUGAAGGAUAUUAAAAUAAAUACUUAUCAUAUUAUAUUUGUCGCUGUAACAUAGUGAUGGUUCCUUAAUUUUUUAUGUCAGUAAUUUUUUUAAAUAAGAUAUAGCGUAGCCAGACUCUUGUAAUUUUUGUUUAUUACUACUUUUACAAAAUAAACUUUGAUUAUUAAAA